AACGAAAGCAGAGACCGAGGGGGGCCGACGUAUUUAAACACGAUGCUGCUGCUGCACAAUAACGGUGGCCGCGGCUUCAUGAGGAGGAGCGCGUCCGCAGCCCGCUCACAUGAAAAACACGCACGGACACAUGAGAUCCACGCGAAGUGACCGAUGAUUGAUGGUUGAUUCCAUAAAGCGCGGGCAGUGCUCAGAGUCGCGGCGGGAUGAUAAAAUACACUUGAGAGACAUGAAGUGUCACCUCGGGUUACUGCCUCAGGAAAUGAUGACAGCGUCCUCCAUCAUCGUUUAGCCGCUCGGAGCGAAAUCUUCUUGCCUUGCGGCCAUUUCAGCCGGACGCGAUUGGCUGUUAAUUUAUCACACAGAAAACCCAAACUGGGGGUGUAACUGGCGUCUCGGCGGGGUUGUGGGAGCAGGUGCGGCGCGUCUUGGCUUCAGUCUGCCCGCAGGCAGCUUCACAGGUAGCCGCUGAGGUGGCAGCGGACUCUGAAGCCUCAUCCGGAUCAGGAUUGGACAUCAUAUUUUAGGAAUGGCAUCCACUAUAGAAAGGAAGACACUGGAAGCCAACGAGGAGCCAGUGGAUGAGGUCCUCCAGAUGCCACCUUCUCUGCUGACAUGCGGCGGGUGUCAGCAGAGCAUCGGUGACCGGUUCUUCCUGAAGGCCAUAGAGCAGUACUGGCAUGAGGACUGUCUGAGCUGCGACCUUUGUGGCUGUCGGCUGGGAGAGGUGGGACGCCGGCUCUACUACAAGCUGGGAAGAAAAUUAUGUCGGAGGGACUACCUCAGGCUUUUUGGUCAGGACGGUCUCUGUGCUUCCUGUGAGAAGAGGAUCCGAGCAUUUGAGAUGACGAUGCGUGUGCGGGACAAGGUUUACCAUCUGGAGUGCUUCAAGUGUGCUGCCUGCCAGAAACACUUCUGUGUAGGUGACCGCUACCUGCUCAUCAACUCAGACAUUGUGUGCGAGCAGGACAUCUUUGAGUGGACCAAACUCAAUAAUAACAUGGUUUAGGAGAAUAUCUGUCUCAACAGAAUACUUGGCCUUUUCCCACAGGCUUUAAAGGGAAUGAACCAUUGAUAAAUAAACUUUCUGUAGCCUGCGUAGGCUUCAUCAUGCAUCUGACAUUCAUAUGGAAUCAUUUUAACACAGAAAGGAGAGGUUGCAUCUCUGCAUUGCUCCCUGCUGGAGACUAAUGAAGACUGCACAAGCAAUAACAGACAGUUUGUCCUCUAAGGCUUCACUUUAAAUGCAAAAAAUACUUAAAUACUGAAAAUGCUUCUACAUGCAAUAAUCAUUGUUUGUUACACACACUGGAAUUUAAGAACUUUAGCAAUGAACAAAAACAAAAUCUUUGUGAAGUUUCUUGUAGUGAAACACUGUUACAUCACCUCAGGCUGGCCA